AUGGAAGAAAAAUAUCAUAAAAAGGUCAAAAAUAGGCUUGCAAAAUUUGAGAAAAGCUCAAAAGAAUGAGAAUGAAGCGAUUUAAUGAAAUGGCUCCAAAGUCUCCAGCAGGUAGUUGACUCUUGUAAAGACUUUACACUUGAUGAAGAAUUGACAACCACAUUGGCGACUCGAUUGGCUCAAUGUUUAAAUCCUGGCCUUCCUCAAGGUCUGCACAGCAAAACUCUUGAAAUAUAUAAAUCAUUGCUAUCAACUGUGCAAGAUCAGUACUUUCAUUUAUUUUGUGCAGGCCUUUUCUCAUUCUUUCAAUAUUGCGCUAACAAAGAACAAUUUCUGAAUUUAAUAGAUAGUGUAUUUAUAGGGAAAAUAACCAAAAACAAACAUAUUUUAAGCGGGCUUAUUUGCUGCCUGAUAUCAGGGGCUGAAGAGAAGCAGGAAUAUUUUCAAAAAGUCGCUGAGAUUUUGGAUCGAUGUGCAAAUGUGAUGAAAUACGAGACUCAUGGAAUUCUUUUAUGGCUUUUACUCAAAUACAAAAGACAUAGACUUUCUGCUUUAAUUUAUUUAUCGAAAAGGCUGGAUAUCAGUAUUCAUAGAAAUCUUAUUGUUACUGCAAUACUUGAAGCUUUGACAGACUCAAAUAUGAAAGUGAAAAGGCAUGCAAUGGAUUUAAUAUGACUUCUUAAAAUAAAAAUAAGUAUAAAGAGAAUUUGAAAGAAUAGGAUCAUAAUGAAUGCCAUUUUAUGGAGAUUAUAAAACUGCUAUAUAAAAUCUUAUUUUCCUUUAUCUUCACCUAAUAUAGAACUUGAGCACAAAGUUUUGCUUAUGGAAGGGUCUUUACUCUUAAUGGAAUCCAAAGACCACACGCUAAUUCGAAGACUUUGGGAAUGAGCAUUUCCAAACGAAGUUGAUGAAAAGCAAACCCGAAUUUUCAUAAAUACGCUAAAAACAGCCCUGGAAAGAAUAUUCGACUGCCAUCACAAAUUAAUUCAAGCAGGAGCAAGUGAUGAGGUUAAGCUUAAAAGCAUGAAAAUUGUUGACGUACUUAUAGAAGAUGAAAGUAUGGGGGAUUUAAUUUUGGAAAACAUUGCCAUGAGCUAUGUUGGGCAUAUAGUAGAAGAUGAGAUUUGGAAAGUCAAGGAUAAUUUCAAUAAUAGAGUUUUGCUGAUUUUUAAGGAUGAAAGAACUGAAGUCUUUUGGAAAUCUUUCAAAAAACUAUUAUUAGAACAUCUAGAAGACCGAUCUGGAUUCUGCUUAAAAGUUCUCGAGUUCGGUACAAAGUACUUUGACUGUCCUCCAGACUUUGCGUUUUUGAUUGUGAAUGCAAUUUUAUAUUGCUUAUCAAAUAUUGAAAAUAAGAGAAAAGCAAUAAAACUUUGUGAUGUUUUGAAUGAGUAUCUUGAAAGCUUGCCUAAUGAAGGAGGAGCUAAAGCUGUAGAACUAUAUCUGAAUCUUGCAAAACAGCCUCAGCCUGAUAAAAACUUCCUUCUUCAGCUUGGAAAUUACUUGUGUAAACUAAAUAUGAUGGGCUUGAAUUGCUGGGAAAUAAUAAAAUUAAGCGAAGAUUUUAUUGGGUGCAACUCUGAAAUGCAGCUCAUAAGCUUGGAAAUACUAAUAAAUAUGAAAUAUACACAUAUGACAUAUGCGCAUUUGCACAUUCUUUGACGUCUCUUACAAUCAUCAUCUCAAGACACUGCAAUAAAGCUUUUAAUAAAAUCCUAUGACCACCUGAAGGCUGUAUGAAACGAAUCUUUAGCUUUGCAAUUAUUAGACGGAAAUAUUCACUUACUCCCACCCAUCCUUGAUCGAACGGCUUGCCCAUCGUUCGAUCAAGGAUGGGAUUAAAAAAAAUUUUUUUGGGAAAAAAAAUUUUAUAAUAAAGUAAAAAAUAUAUAUAUAUAUUUUUUUAUUUACUUUUAAAUAAGAGGGUUAAGAGUAUUUAAUAAUUAUUUUUACAGCAAAAAAUUGAAUUAAUUUCAUAAAAAUACCAAUUUUUAAUAUUUUGAUUUAUUAUUUAUUCUUUAAAUGUAUAAAUUUUAAUUUGUUCCUUAUUAAAUUAAUUUGUUUUUUAAAAAAUUAUAAAGAAUCUCUAUUUUUUAGAUUAUUGAGUUUUUAAGCCUAGGUUGAUGACUAAGUCACUUCGGAUGGUUGAUUCCGUAGCUUUCUUUCGUCUCAAAGUCUCUGAAAACAACUUCAUUAGGUACAUCUUCCCAAGCUUUUGAUAACUAAUAUAUUUUUUAUAUAUAAAAAAAUUUGCAUGAUAUGAAAAUCGUUUGAUCAAGGAUUCCCCAAUUUUUAGGAAUUUUUACAGUCAAUCGUUCGAUCAAGGAUGGGGGGGAGUUAAGAGAAAAAUCAAUAUGGCUUUUUAUCACCUUUUGAGAAAAAGCUGCACAAAGCUGGCCAGAUGAAAUGCAAAAAAUUUUGUUAGACUGCAAUGGGGUUUUUAUUAUGAUUGAUUUUUUAACUGAUGAAAGUCCAAUUAUUCGGCAUACAGCAAAAGAAUGAAUUAUUCAUGCUCAAUGCAAAGUAUCUUGCCUUAUUGACCCUAUUUUCACAAUAAUGUUUCAUCCUUCUACUAAGAGGACAAACAUAUCUUUGAAUUCAUAUAGAUACAGCAAGCUAUUUGAUGUGAACCGAGUUCUUGAUUCAUUGAAAAAAAUAAUUUCUCUUAUCAAAUUUGGAGAAGACGCAUUUAUUGAAGCUAUAAAAUCAACUGAGAUAAGUAAAUAUGCAAAAGACUGCAUCAGCUUACAUGAAGUAAAUGGAGAGACUUACUUGGAAGUAAUUAUAGGAGGCUCACUUCUGUUUAUUACAUCAGAAAGCGAAAAAAAUCCAAUAGAAAAUAAAGCUAUACAGGAAGUGGCGUGCGAAAUUUUGGAGCUGCUUGGUAAAGGAGUAUCAUGCGAUAUUGCUUAUAAAAUAUUAGAAACCAGUUUAUCCUGCUUGUACUACUCAAUAAUUUCUAAAACUUUUGUAUUGGAAAAUCAAUUACUUGUAGUCAUACAGACUGCUCUUUUUAACUCUGAAAUUGAAUCUAACCCAACUUUCUGCACUGAAAUUCUUGCCUCAUCUGUUUUCAAAGACUCAAUUUUGAAGCGACUAAAUACUGAAAACCAAUAUCUUCGUAUUUUAUGAAUGAAAUUUAUUACAAGAGUAAUAGGGUUCAUGAUUUGUUAUUUACCUCCACAUAUUUUAACUGAAUAUUUCGAAUCCUUACUUCACUCGUAUGUAAGUAUUAUUGUGGGUACCAAAAAUACUAUCCUUUUAUCAGGCUUAAGAUCACUUGUGCUUCAAAUUUUGGAAAUUGAUGAAACAGUCACUAUUAAAGCUUGGUGUCCAGCUCAAGUAAAAGAAAUGCUUUUUAAAGAAUUUGGGUGCUUGUUUUCACUUGCUAACUCAUUUCUUGUUGAAAAGGACUAUAAAUCUACAACUCGAGUUUUAGUGCAAAUUGGUGAAGAGCUGCGGUCUCUUUUUUCUCCUAUUUUACACAAAUACCCCAAGGAGUUUAUGGCUUCAUUAUUUUCUUUUUGGGUUUAUCAUAGCAAAUCGAUGAUGAAAUCAUAUGUCCAUUUACCAACCUUUGGAAAAAUCAUCCCAUUUUUCCAUAUGAAGCUGGAUAGUUUUUUAGAGAUUCUUUUAGACAGUUUAGAAUUAAUGUCAAAUGGAAAAGGAAGAAAGCCACAAUUUUAUGAAGGAAAAGAAUUAAAUAUGGCCCAUUUUUUUUAUAUAUGCUUAGAAAUCUAUCAAUCAGAUUCCAAUUUAGAGGUUCUUGAAGAAAAUAUAUGGAUUAUCUCAAUAUCUAUCAUAAAGCUGAUUAUAAAUUCAACAUAUAAGGAAAUGCUGGUUUAUCUUAUAUAUAUAUUUAACUCUCUAUCUAAAUUUACAAAAACUUAUAAUCCAAUUUCAGAUCGAAGAAUAGGGAAGGAACUGCAAGAUUUAAUAGAAAAUUUGUUUGAAAAAAUUGAAGAGGCGCUUAAUUGAGAUCAGGAACCUUUAAAGCUAUAUUACCCAGAAGAAAUCAGUGGAAACUGGAAAAAUAUAGGAGCUCUUGUACUGGGAGCGUUCUCGAAAGUUGGCUUAAAUGCUAUUUUGCUAGGGUGGCCUGAGCAGUAUGCUGAGCAAAGAGAAACUGGAAUCAUGACAAAAGUAUCGAAAAGGAUUUUAUCAGAGCUGGACAAGUAUUCAUGCGCUAUUGAUGCUGCAAGCUCUUUGCUCUGAGUACUUAUUAAUUCAGGGGGAGAAAGAAUUUUUAAAUCAGUGCUAAAAACUAUCAUCGAAUUUAUCACAAGCAAUGGAUUCUUCGAAGCCCUCAGUGUUUCUCCUUCUGCUUUUAAGUCGUGGACUAAAAUAAUUUCAUUGGCUUCCUCUUUCCAAAAUUCUUCUCCAGUGUCAAAUCUCUUAAAAGUUACAUUUGGAAAGCCACAAAGUGACUUAUGCUCAGCUCUAAGAAAUCUACUUACAGCUUCAUUGCUAAUCUACAGUGGUAACAAAGAUGAUUAUGCACAAUUUACACAAUCUUUAAACGAAAUGAUUGCUGAACACAUAAAAUAUGACAAAUUAAUCCCUGCUUGCUGCUUACUAAUCAGAGUGAUUUCACUAAAAUUUGAUAAUUUUUUAUUCAAAGAUAUCUGGAUUCAAAUCUGGCCCCACUUUCAUGCAACUUUAAUAUCUACGAUUCCUCAGAGAAACCGCUUGUUUUCGAUAUUUUCAAUACUCAGGCUUGUAGAUAUGUUUCUUGCGACUAAACUUCUGCAGUUCCAAGAAAUCAUGUGCUUAUAUCUGUUUGACGUCCCUGAAAUUGAACUCACAGAAGGAGUUUCAAAUGAUUUUAUGCCUCUUCUGGUAAAACCUUUUAUUAAAGGAUUCAAAGCAGUAGCUAAGAGGAUCAGAAGAGUUGAAGACACUGCAGGCGUUGGAAUUGUACUAAGCAGAAAAAUGCAGACUCCUUGACUAGAAGCGGAAAACUAUGAAGAAUUAGAAAUCAUGAUGAAAAAUUUAAUUCAGUACUGCAUGCUCUAUAACUCAGAAAUGAGCGAAACUGACUGGGAUAGUAUUUAUGAAGGUAUUGAAUAUGAUUUUAUUAACGUCAAUAGUAAACUCUUAUAA